AUGAACAAAUAUUUGCACAUGGAUUCCUCCACCAAUCUCUUUACACAUCCACUGGUCCAGCAUUUCAAAUCGUUGACAUUUGAUCUCGAGGGAAGCAAUAUCAUUGUCGGAGCCAGGGACCACAUAGUAAAACUGAGUAUGGAGGAUUUGAAUGUGGUUGAGGUUCUGGAGUGGAAGGUGCCAAUGGCGAGCCUAGUCAGGUGCAAGUCCUACAACUUCCAGGAUUGUUCUAACUACGUGAAGCUUGUCGUUGUUUACAACGACACCCUACUUGCCUGUGGCUCGUCUGCUCACAACCCAAUGUGUACAUAUCGUUCGCUUCAACAUCUCUCCAGCACGAACAACAGCAUUCCCGACAAAGGGCGUAUCCCACACUACCCCCACGACCAGCACACCUACCUGAUGACGUCAGAGGGCUACCUCUACACCAGCAUGUACAUCGACUCCAUGAGGCAGGAGCCAUUGAUUGUGAAGAGUUUGCUGGAUAAGAAACUGCUGUAUACUUCAAAGUCUUGGGUUUAUAUGUUAUUAAUUAUCAUCGACGGUUAA